AUGAAUUCUUCAAGACUUCUCUUCAACAUUUCGCAGAAAAAUCCUAAAUUUCUCUCGUUGUACUCCCUCGGCUAUUCUCACAUUGACAGCCACCUCAUUACGUCACAGCACCGCUUGAUUUCCACCACUGCUUCAGUGAGUUCAUGGAUGGACACCAUAAAAGGAGUAUUCACUGGGAAAAAGGCAGAAACUGAAGACACCCCAGAGUCAUUCACGUUGCUCAGCUUUGCAGAUGGGUUGCAGAAUGCGAGGAGGGUUGGUUCACUAAAGCAAUUCGUUGUUGGUAGAAGCAGUGAAGUUACGUUUGCUGGUGCUUUUGAAAAGCAGGAAGCGAUAAUUCGAUACCUUGGUGCACUCGAUCCUACUGGAGAGAACCUUCAAACAAGUCAAAAACAAGAAGCAGCAAAGCACUGUAAUUGCACAAUAGCUGAUGUUGAGAAUGCACUUUCAAAGUUUACAUGGGCUAAAGAAGCACAAAAUAAGUUGCAAAAAUUAAAGGAAGAAGGGAAACCAAUGCCGAAGAGCAUGGCUGAGGUCCAAAAGCUGAUGGGAUCGACACCGUUAGAUCUUGCUCGGUCUAAUUUGGCUAAGGGUGGGCAGAUCAGCAAGAAUGCAUUAUGUCCAUGUGGUUCCAAGAAGAAAUACAAACGGUGCUGUGGAAAGGAUUAG